GUUGGGCUAGCUGCGCGUGCGCGGUUUUAAUACUCCUCCCCAAACUGCCAACACUUCGCGCAAGCGAGGUAGCUUCGCGGUCCCUGGGUUUACGCGUGCGCACUAACUGGCCUGGCCCGGACGACCAGAGGCCUGCGCAGUGUGUACUUCACUGACAGCCCCCCGGGUGAGGCGCGGGCCACUCAUGGCGGAACCUUGGUCUGGGCAGUCAUUGCAGGCUUUGCCGGCCACAGUGCUGGGCGCGCUGGGUGCCCUGGGUAGCGAGUUCCUGCGGGAGUGGGAGGCACAGGACAUGCGCGUGACCCUCUUCAAGCUGCUGCUGCUGUGGUUGGUAUUAAGUCUCCUGGGCAUCCAGCUGGCGUGGGGGUUCUACGGGAGCACUGUGACCGGGCUGUAUCACCGCCCAGAUCCCCACCCCCAGCCUGCUGCAGCUCUGGAUGUGUUCCCGCCCCCAGGUCUGGGCAACCAGAACGGAUCCACAUCUGAUGGCUCCACGCAUUUCCCUUCUUGGGAAACAGGAGCAAACGAACCUCUCAAAACCCACAGAGAAUAAGGGAAGGCAACAGAGGGGCCUCCAGGGACAUCACCGGGUCUGCUGGCUCCCACACUGGGUUCUGUUGCUGCUCAGACCCCACAGACAACUGCAGGGGGGAGGAGGUUGGGGGCAGGGAGUACCACAGUGCUUGGAGGGCUGGGCCUCCAUUGCCCUUGGCCUUGCCUCCAGCAGCCCCAGGCAUUGGGCCAGUAAAGAAUUUGUCUCUACCCUGAUCUAGGUGCCUUAAGGAGAGAACGCAUGCUUCUCCUCUCUCAGGGGUCAGCUCAGGAGAAGCCUCUGAGUUUGGGAGGCCAACAGUCCAUUUUCUGUCUUGGCUUUUUCCUGUCCUUCCCAUCCCCCUGAGAUGUGACCCCAUAGAAAUUUGUCCUUCUGAGAGGAAACCUGAGGUUGACCAGCUCUGGGAUUUGUAAGGGAAGUCUGUCUUCUAAGCCCUGAGUUUCCUGAAUUUCUUUGGUUUUGCCUUGUUGGCAGGGAGCAAGGGACUCCUGGCCUGGACACAGCCUUGUACUCUGUGGUUACCUAGCUAACCAUUCAAGUAUAAGGGAGGGGGUAGCUGACACCAUCCAGACAUGGAGGCACCAAACACCCACCUCCCUGGCCCAUCCAGAGCUCUCCAGGUGUGAGCCAGGCUAUGGAAAUUGUCUUUUCCUGAGCAUUGUACUCAUAUUCCUCUCAAUUCUUGGAGGGAAGUUAGGUACCUGAAAGAGGCUGAGCCCCAGGGGGGAACUCCCACCCCCCCUGCCUAAGUGUCCAUGGGGUUGUGGGUCUGUACCCUGCCCCCUCACAGAGAGGUACUAAGCAGUUAGUGCAGAGUGGCCCCACUGUGCCCUGCAGCCUCAUCACUUCCUAUCUUGACCUGUAACCACAGGAGCUUCAUCCUAAGAGCCCACAGGCUCAGCUCCUCCCCACUAUCACCAUUUCAGCCCCCAAGAACCUCAACAGAGAAGAGCCACAGGCUAGGCAGGCCUGCCAUGUCCACAGUGGGCUAGGGAGCUUCCAAAUGUGCGGGUGGCAAACACCAAUUCCUGAAAGUAGUGUGGCUCUGCCUCUUUUCCUGAUGGCUGUACUUCUGCCUACUUCUGCUGGGCCACCAGCUACCUCAGUGUCCCACUGCCUGCUUCCUUCCAUUAGAUGUCACAUCUGGCAGCCUUUGCCUAAGCCAUCUUCGGCAGCAGAGGUGCACUGGAAGUAGGACUACACUGAGCUCAUGCACAUGUGCCUACUCUGGUGAUAUCUUCUGGCUGAUAGGAUGAUGGUUUUGCAGCCCCAGGCCUACCCACUGACACACCACACACAGAAUCAGGGUCUCACAUUUCACCCUAGGCUUAACUGAUGAUGUGGCUUAUUAAACAUGGAAGUGCA